AUGAACACAUUCUUAUCGUAUCUCAAAUGAGAAAGACCACAAGCACUACAAAUGAGAAGUGACACUUAUCUAUUUCGGAGAGGAAUUAUCGCUGGAGAACAGUUUGCCAAAUUUUUAACCAGCAGCCUCUGCCUGGUAUUAAUCCCAUACCAAGAGACAAAUUAUUUACUCGUGUAGCAAGCCUCCCAAACCUGAGAAGUGCUGUGCGUUACUUUGAGGAAUUUAACGGGAUGUCACUUCGUGAAUAACAUUAUAUUCCUUAUUUAUGUGCGAUUUGUAUUAAAAAAGCACGUUAAAGCAGAGACGGUCGCUACAAAUGCUUGAUAUCUAAUAAUUUUUAAAAGUUAUUGCAGACAAUUGUAUGGGAAUGACAUGCUGCAUGCUGUGACAUUUAAUCAGUCAACGUAAAGCCAAUUGGUUCGACAUUAAGAAAUCAAGAUAGGAGAAGAACAUCAAAACGCACGAGUAAACAUAAUCUUAAGAGGUGUACGUAUCCAGCAACUAAAUGCAAAGCAUUACAUAUGCUUGUGUCAAACCUAUAUUAUAUCGCCACAAAGGAAUUGGAAAUGCAGAGUCUGAAUAAGAUGUUUAUGAUAACAUCAAGAAAAUAAUUUAAGUUUAAACUGAACUUAUUAUAAGGAAAUGUGAAAACUAGAAAACCGGAAAACGUUUGGUGAUUCACUGGACCAGAGUGUGACGAGCUAGAGUUAAAUUCCUUGGGAGGUCCAAUUUAAAAAAACAAAAGUUACCUUGAAAUCUUGGGGGUAUCUCUACUUAGAGACCAAGAUUUAUGUCCAUAAUAAGAUGUUUCCCUUGAAACAGAGUGCAUUAGGACAUAAAUAGCCAACUUUAGCUCUGCGGAUUACAAAGUUUCCAAUAAUGUUUUCGUCAGGCCUUAACUGCAAUCUCUCUUUCCCCAGCUGUUUGGGUUAUCCGCAAGAUAGCGAGGAAUUAAUCCCAAAAAUGGCACGUGAACCAAUCAUUCUUAAUGUUUAUGACAUGUAUUGGAUAAAUGAAUAUACCACCCCUAUUGGUCUCGGAGUAUUUCAUUCUGGAGUGGAAAUAUAUGGGACAGAAUAUGCGUACGGUGGUCAUGCUCAACCAAAAAGCGGCAUUUUUGAGAUCACUCCAAGAGUGGCUGAAGAAUUAGGCGAGCAGUUUAGAUAUAGACAAUCCGUUCAUAUUGGAUAUACAGAUUUCACGGAAGAAGAUGUUUCAAGAAUUAUUGCGGAAUUAGGCAAAGAUUUUAGAGGAGAUCGGUAUCAUUUGAUGAAUAAAAAUUGCAAUCACUUCAGCAGUCAGUUCACGUUGAUUCUAUGUGGACAGGAAAUACCUGGUUGGGUAAAUCGUCUGGCGUAUUUCAGUUCGUGCGUACCGUUUCUCCAACGUUGCUUGCCAAAGGAAUGGCUAACGCCUGACGCUUUACAACACUCUCUAAGUCAAAUUAGUCAUCACGAAAGUACACCACCAUCGGACACUUCGUUGUAACAUUUGGCUAACACUGUUGAAAUUCACGGUCUAAAAUACCGUAGAAGUUAUACAUUUUAGAUAAUUAAACAUUGUGAGAAGAAAUGUUAA